GCAGGCGUGGGGCGGUGCUGCGAGUGUCCAUUGGUGGAGGAGGGAAGUUUAAGUUGCGGUAGGGCCCAUACCUGAGACACCCCUGUUGUGGCGAGUUUGUGGGGUCGUUUCGUUUUUUCUGGGGUGCGGACGACUGGGAGAAGGAGAGGUGACUUCGCUGCGGAGCCGGCUGCGGCCGUCGGACUGCCAUGACGACGCGGCGAGGCUGCCGGGACGCGAGUCCCCCGGAGCGGAAGUCGCCGGCGGGACUGCGGGGGUCCCCGCCGGUCCUGACCCUCAGCCACUUCUGCCCCAAGCCGUUUCUGUGCUUCGGGGACGUGCGCCUGGGCGCCUCGAAGACGCUGCCGCUGGCUCUGCUCAACCCCAACGCCGAGGCGGCCGCCGUGACGCUGCCGCGCUGUCCCGCCGCCGCCCAGGGCUUCGGGGUCCGGCCGCGCGCCUUGGAGCUGCAGCCAAAAGAAAAAAAUGUUAUUUCUGUGACCUGGACACCAGUAAAAGAAGGCCGAGUAAGAGAGAUUCUGACAUUUCAUGUCAAUGGCAUUGUGAAGCAUGAAGUGGUAUUAUUAGGGAAUGCAGAAGAGCCAAAAAAGAAAAAGAGGAGUCUUUGGGAUACCAUCAAUAAGAAAAAAGUUUCGGCCCCUUCAAAUCGUAAGAGGAGGAUUUCAAAUAUUCAAAAUGUUAAUCAAACGUUUAGUGUUUCCCAAAAAGUGGACAGAGUUAGGAGCCCACUGCAGGCUUGUGAAAACCUGGGCAGGACAGAAGGCUGUUCUCCAGCAGAAAACAGUUCUUUGGUCCUCGAAGAGAGUAAAAUACCCAUCUCACCGAUCAGCCCCACUUUUAAAGGGCACCGUGGGGAGCCCUGCUUGCCCCUGUGUGUCCGUCGGUCCACCACCUACACGUCUCUUCAUGCCCCUGAGAAUGGGGGGCUGUGGAAAUUAGAAGAGGCCAACAUUUCCAAAGAUUUUAAUGAGAAAGUCCUAACUGAAACUUCCUUUAGCUCCGUAAACAGCAACGGCCAAGUUGAAGAGGGCAGUCCACUUAGUCUCACCCCGAACUGUCCUCCCACUUUGAACGUCACACAGAGCCAUGGGAGUUUUCUAAGUCCAGAUUCUUUUCUAAAGAAUAGCCACGCAGCUGGUCAUGAACUACACUUAGUGCCAUGUGUCUCGCCGGGCACAUUUCUGAAAGACAACGCAAGGCCCGUGCAUUUGGAAUCCAAAACUGGGCAGGAAGUGUACCGGACAAUUCUGAGUCCAGAUUCUUUCCUAAAGGACAAUUAUGGGCUAAGUCAGGGGGUGGGGUCGGAACCAGUGACUCUAGUUCUGUCCCCAAGUCGGUUUGUGAAAGAAGAUAUAACACAUAGAUCUCUCUCUCAACCAAUGUGUCAAUUAUCACCAUUACUAAACGGAAAUUCUCAGGCCUCAGCGUCUCCUCAAGUUCAGAAAAAAAAUGAAGUUUUACUGUAUAUUCCUGAAUGCCAGGGUUCAAACUCUCCAGAAACUAUUUUUGAAGAACCUAAAUCUUCAGAAAUGAACCCAAAUUGUGACAGUUUGACAAAACGCAAUCAGCCUCAACUUUCUGCAGUUCAGGGUAUUUCUGGUCAUAGCCACAACACGCAGCUCAAGAGACGCCCAAUCCUUUCUGCGACUGUUACUAAGCUGAAGCCCACUGGUACCAGAGAAAACAAAACCCAGACCCGCCAGCCGAAGGCGAGGAGGUGUCUCCGCAGUGUAGAAGGUGGAGGUGAAAAAGUAACUGAUAAUGUAAAGGAGGAAGAUGCUUUUCAUUCUUAUCUCCCAGUUAUAGAUUCAGUAGUAAGUGGCUCUGCGAGUUGCAAAAAAGGGAUAGAUCCUUCCUCAAAGGCAGCGUCGGCUGCUCGCAAAAGAAGGAGCGAGGGAAACCAGGAGGAGGCGUGCGUGCCGGUCAGGGCUGCAGAUGACGCCGAGGCACUGGCGACCCAAAGGAUCCCUUUUUCUCCCUGGGAGCCUACAACAUCAGCUGCUAAAAAGACAAGAAGGGUGAUCACACCUGUCUGCAAACAGAGCAGCGGCAGAGAGAAGCUCCACCCGAGGAAGAGAACUGAUUCUUUGGCACACAAAACCCCUAAUUCUAAAACAAACAGGAGGACAAAACGCGUUGUUCCGGUGGCACAGACUACUCUGACCUUGAUAAAACCCUUGAAAACAGGCAUUCCUCGGCACCCGAUGCCGUUCGCUGCGAGGAACAUGUUUUACGACGAGCGCUGGAAGGAGAAGCAGCAGCAGGGGUUCACGUGGUGGCUGAACUUCGUGCUGACUCCCGACGACCUCACUGUGAAGACCAGCGUCUCCGAAGUAAACGCCGCGGCUCUGCUCCUGGGGGCGGAGAGCCAGCAUAAACUGAGCGUGCCCCGGGCCCCCACAAAGGACGAGAUGUCGCUCAGGGCUUACACGGCCCGGUGCCGGCUGAACAGGUUACGCCGCGCCGCGUGCCGCCUGUUUACGUCGGAACCGAUGGUGCGGGCCAUCAGGAAGCUGGAGGUGGAAAUCGAAGCCAGGCGGCUGGCCGUUCGCAGAGACAGGCACCUCUGGAAGGAUGUGGGAGAACGGCAGAAGGUUCUGAGCUGGCUGCUGUCGUACAACCCUUUGUGGCUGCGGAUCGGCCUCGAGACGGUGUUCGGGGAACUCAUAGCUCUGGAAGACAACAGCGACGUCACGGGGAUGGCCGUGUUCGUUCUGGGCCGCCUGCUGUGGAACCCGGACAUAGCCGCCGAGUACAGACACCCCUCUGUCCCUCACCUGUACCGGGACGGCCACGAAGAGGCUUUGUCUCAGUUCACACUGAAAAAGCUGCUGCUGCUGGUUUGUUUCCUGGAUUACGCUAAAGUCUCCAGACUCAUCGAUCAUGACCCCUGUCUGUUCUGCAAAGACGCCGAGUUCAAGGCGAGCAAAGACCUCCUGCUGGCGUUUUCCCGAGACUUCCUGAGCGGCGAGGGCGACCUUUCCCGCCACCUCGGCUGGCUGGGGCUCCCCGUCAGCCACGUCCAGACGCCGUUCGACGAGUUUGACUUUGCCGUCACUAACCUCGCCGUGGACCUGCAGUGCGGGGUGCGCCUUGUGCGAGCGGUGGAGCUGCUCACGCAGAACUGGGACCUCUCCAAGAGACUCCGGGUCCCUGCAAUCAGCCGCCUGCAGAAGCUGCACAACGUGGAGCUGGCCCUGCAGGCCCUGCGGGCCCGAGGCGUGCAGCUGCAGGACGAGCAUGGGAGUGCGAUCCUGGCCAAGGAUAUCGUGGACAGGCACCGAGAAAAAACCCUCGCGCUGCUUUGGAAAAUUGCGUUGGCUUUCCAGGUGGACAUUUCUCUUAAUCUACAUCAGCUAAGGGAAGAAAUCGACUUUCUAAGGCACACGUGGCGCCUGAAGAAGACGGCGUCCACGCUCUCGAGCCGCCAGGACGCCGGCCGCGGCGCGCGGGCGGACCCGAGGCCGGGCGGGCCCUCCGCGCCGCAGAGCGGGAGCGAGAGCGUCGGGCUGCUGCUGGAGUGGGCGGACGCCGUGUGCGCCUUCUACCGCAAGAACGUGGAGAAUUUCACCGUGUCCUUCUCAGACGGCCGUGUGCUGUGCUACCUGGUCCACCACUACCACCCUGGCUACCUGCCUUUCGACGCCAUCUGCCAGCGGACCACUCAGACGGUGGAGUGCGCGCAGACGGGCUCGGUGGUCCUGAACUCGUCCUCUGAGUCCGAGGAGAGCUGCCUGGACGCGCUCCUCGAAGCGCCUGACCCUCGCGGUGGGUCCCCUCUGUGGGUCGGGUCUCAGGCUUCGGCUGCGCCAGGCCCGAGUCCUGCCCAGAGCCCUCUGGUCUCCCUCCCUUGCACAGCAGAAGGCGCGGCAGAAGUGCACCGGGAGCUCCUGGAGAACGAGAAGAAGAACUUCCGGCUGGUCGGGGCUGCCGUCCGGGACCUGGGGGGCGUGCCCGCCAUGCUGCGCCACGAGGACAUGUCCAACACCAUCCCGGACGAGAAGGUGGUCAUCACCUUCCUGUCGUUUCUCUGCGCGAGGCUCCUGGAUCUCCGCAGGGAAACCAGGGCUGCGCGGCUCAUCCAGACGGCGUGGAGGGAGCACAAGCUGAGGUCAGACCGGCGCCGCCACCAGGAGAGAGACAGAGCCGCGAGAAUCAUCCAGUCAGCUGCAGCCCAUUUUCUGGCCAAGCGAUGGCUGCAGAAGGCGGCCGGCGCGGCCCGGGUCAUCCAGAAGCACUGGCGGAGGGUCUUACGGCAGAGAGAGCUGCUGAUGCUCAAAAAGGCAGAGCUGGAGAAGAUUCGGAAUGAAUCGGCGCUGGCUAUCCAGAAACAUUGGAGAAGGUAUUCCACUAGGAAGAAGUUUCUGAAACUGAAACAUUACUCAAUCAUCCUGCAGUCCCGGAUAAGAACGAAAAUGGCUGUGGCUUCCUACAAACGGUGCGUGUGGGCGGCCGUCACCAUCCAGCGCCGGUGGCGUGCGUGCGUCCGCGGAAGACGGGACCGGCAGAGGUAUCGGACGCUCCGGGCCUCUUGCCUCGUGAUCCAAGCCGCGUUCAGGAGAUGGCGGCACCGCAGGACGCGCCUGCGGACGGAAGCUGCGGUCAGACUGCAGCGGGCCUUCAGGCGGUGGCGCGCCGGGAAGCGCGCGGAGGAGGAGAAGUCCGCUACCCUCAUCCAGUCGUGGUUCAGGAUGCACAGGGAGCGGCGGAGAUACUCUCGCACCCGAUCUUGCGUGCUCACCAUUCAGGCCGCGUUUCGGCGCUUUCAAGCCCAGAGGGUGUAUCAAAGGCAGAGGGAGGCCGUCCGGACCAUCCAGACCCGCUGGCGCGCGCACCUGCAGGCAAAGGUGGCGCGCACCCAGUACCUGCGGAAACUGGCCGCGGCCGUCCGCAUCCAGGCUGCAUUCCGGGCGGCGCGUGCCCGGCGCCUGCGCAGACGGGACGGGGCUGCCCGAGUGCUCCAGUCGCACUGGAGGACGAGACAGGAGAGGCUGCGGUUCCUGGCCCUCAGGAGAACGGCCGUCACGCUGCAGGCGCACGUGAGAAAGCAUCAGCAGUCGCAGAGGUACAGGAAGGUGCGGCAAGCCGCCCUCGUCAUUCAGACGCGUUUCCGAGCGCACAUCGCCGCCCGGACAGCCCAGGCGUCCUACCAGAGGACACGUUCCGCCACGAUUGUCCUGCAGGCUGCGUGCAGGGCGUGGCGAGCCAGGAAGACGGUCCGUCACGCCCUCACCUGUGUCGUAAGGAUUCAGUCGUGUUAUCGAGGUCACGUCUGCAGAAGACGCUUCCUGAGCCUGAGGCACGCCACGGUGAAGUUCCAGUCCAUUGUCAGGAUGCGACAGGCCCGUGCACGGUUCCUGCAGCUGAGGGCGGCCGCGGUGUUUGUCCAGCGGAGGUACCGGUUCCUGCAAGCGGCCGCGCGCCGGCGAGAGGAGCUCAGGCGGGUGCUGCAGGCCUGUGUCAGGCUGCAGGCCUGGGCUCGCGGGCACCUGGUGCGGCGGCAGGCGCGGCUGCAGAGGGCGGCGGCCACUUCCCUGCAGGCCCACUUCAGGAUGAGGACGGCGCGGCGGAGCUUCCUGAGGAUGCGCCGGGCGGCGCUUGUCGUCCAGAGGUGCUUCCGUGCGCACCGGGCCCGGCUCCGGCUCCGGCAGCGGGAGGCGCUGCGUGCGCAGAGCGCCGCCACCUGCCUGCAGGCUGCGUUCAGAGGCCACCGCGUGCGCCGACUCCUGCGCCGGCGGGCCCUGGCCGCGCUGACCAUCCAGAGUGCCCUCCGGGGCCACAGGGAGCGGGCGAACUACCGGCGCGUGCUGCAGUCCGCCGUCCGGAUCCAGAGGUGGUACAGGGCCAGCCGCGCUGCCCGGGCUCUCCGGACUCAGUUUCUGGAGAGGCGGGCCGCGGCGCUCACCCUCCAGGCCGCUUACCGGGGCUGGCGCGUUCGCGAGCAGGUCCGCAGGGAACGCCGGGCGGCCGUGGCCGUUCAGGCUGCCUUUCGACGGGCCCGGGCCCAACGGCGUUUUCAACAGCUGAAGGCCGCUGCGCUGGCCCUCCAGAGGCGUCGCAGGGCGCAGGCCGCUGGCCGGGCGCCGCGCCGGGACUAUCUGCGUCUGCGACAGGCGGCGCUGGCCCUGCAGGCGGCGUGGAGGGGCCGUGCAGCGCGGAGGCAGGUCCGGAGGCAGCACCAGUGUGCCGUGCUCAUCCAGUCCUGCUACCGCAUGCACGCGCAGCGCCGCAGGUGGGUGGCCACGAGAAAGGCCGCCCGCCUGAUUCAGACGUGGUACCGGGCCUGCUGCUGGGCCAGGAGGCAGCGGCUGUCGUAUCUGAAGACCCGGGCCGCCGUCCUGGUGCUGCAGUCGGCCUACCGCCGGCUGCGGGAGAGGAGGAGGAGAGCAGAGGAGCGCAGUGGGGCCGCGAGCACCAUCCAGGCCGGGUACAGAGCCUACAGAGCCAGGAGGCGCCGGGCCGCAGCUGUCGCCAUUCAGAGGUGGUACCGCAGUGCCCGAGUCGCACACCGCCAGCGCGAGGCGUACCUUCGUUUAAGGAAGGCGGCGACCAGAAUCCAAGCCGUUUACAGGGGCAGGAGAGUCAGGAGACAUGUUCGACGGAUGCACGCGGCAGCCACCUUCAUCAAAGCCACGUUCCAGACGCACCUGUUGACCACGAGGUACUGCAAAAUGAGAGCAGCGGCUGUCGUCAUCCAAGUCCGAUACAGGGCCUACCGCCGAGGCAGAGCCCAGCGUGCACAGUACUUGGCGGUUCUGCAAGCCGUGGGCAUUCUCCAGGCGAGUUUCCGGGGAGCGCGGGUUCGGUGGCGCCUCAGAAAGAUGCAGGCUGCCGCGGUGGUCGUGCAGUCGCACUACCGGAGGCACCGGGAGCAGGCGCGCUUCAGGAAGGUGAAGGCGGCCACGGAAGCUGUGCAGCGCCGGUUCCGGGCUCUGAAGGCGGGGAAGGAACAGUUGCGAAGGUACAGGCGGCUGAGGCGCGCCGCGGUCCUCCUCCAGGCUGUGUUCCGGGGCGCGAGGGCCAGGAGGCGUGUCAAAGCCAUGCACGCGGCCGCAGCUCUCUUUCAGCGGAGAUUCAGGGCUCUGAGGGCGAGAAGGAGGUUCCUCUCUCUCCGGAGAGCUGCUCUUUGCGUCCAGAGGAGGUACCGCGCCAGAGUUCUCGCGAGGCAUCACUUGGCGUUUCUGCGGUUACAGCAGGCCGUGAUCACGAUCCAGUCGGCGGUGAGAGGGUGGGCGGUGAGGAAGAGGCUGCGAGAGAUGAGCAGGGCCGCCACGGUCAUCCAGGCCACGUUCAGGAUGCACCGAGCGCAGGCGAGCUACCAGGCCCUGAGACACGCCGCGGUCCUGGUGCAGCGGCGUUACCGGGCGUGCAGAGCCGCGAAGCUGCAGAGAGAGAGGUUCGUCCGCCAGAGGCGGUCUGCGGUGGCCGUUCAGGCCGCCUACAGGGGGCUGAGAGCGAGACGGCUGCUGCAGGAAGCGCACAGAGCUGCCGUCCUCGAACAGGGCACAUGCGGGACGCACGGGCAGCCUGUUUUCUGCCAUGAGGGUCAGUGGGCCACACAGGCGAUGCAAGAGAAACACGGGGCAACUAGAGGGAAGGCUCUUGCGCCGAGUGCGCCGGCGGAAGCCGGAGCCCGUGUUCAGGUGGGUUCCCCGGACUUGGCCGUGGGGAAGCAGGGUCAGGAGCAACAGCUGGCUGCCACCGCUGUUGAGAAGCACUUCAGAGACUUCCGAGGGAGGAAGCGUCACCUGCGCUUGAGAGCGGCCGUGGCUUGCGUCCACAGGAAACACAGAGCGAUCGCUGCGGCACGUACUCUGGCAGCCCUCCGCCUCCCGGCUUCUCACGGAGACGCUCGGGAGCAGGGGGGCACCUCGGGCAGGCCCCCGGCAGCCCCACCCGUUCAGCCCGCCUGCAGCACGCACGGGGCCCACGCUGCCCGCUCAGCACAGGGAGGCGCGGCGGCUGCGGUGCAGAGUCCCUGCAGGCCGCGUGCCCGAGGGACAGCAGGGAGGAGGGGUUCUUCAGCGGUCCAGACGUCUGCUCCAGCUGCUCGGGCUGCACUUAGGAGCAUCCUGGCUCGGCUUGAACUGGAAGACACCGCCGAGGAAGACCUGGCAGCCACCGCUGACCGGCCUGCCUCCCGCUGCGGCCUGGCUGAGACGGGACAGGAAGCUGCCCGGAGCUCGGCGGGGGGGCCUCCCGUGUGCUCUGAGGCUCUGGUUGCUGGUUCUCGGCCCGCGGCGGGUCGCUCUCGAGGCAGGGCUGCGGUGGCCGUUCCCACUGCUCUUCACACAAUGGCCACGGGGACCCGGGACUGGGAGCUGUGGGCUGCCCGGCGAAUUCAGCCCUUCCUGCGAGCGGCUGCGUGUCGGAGAAGGUUCGUCCGGCAGAGACGGGCUGCGGUCACCCUGCAGCUGUCCUUCCGGGCGCGGCGGGCCAGAAGACAGCUCUCGCGGUGGCGGAGGGCGGCGGCGGUCUGUCCGACGUGCCUGCGAGCCUGUCCGUCCGCAGGACGUCAGGGACGGGCGUGUGUACGGGCCGGGAGCAGCGCUGUCACUGUUCAAGCCAGAACGAGAGGGCGUCUGCAGACACGGAGGUCUCAGAAAGUUAAAGCGAGCGCCUUAAACAUGCAGAUCCCAGGCGAGAGAGCCAGCGUUCGGCUGCUUCGCUUCGCCGCGGCUGCGCACCACCACCUGAGCGCGCUCAGGAUCCAGAGAGCCUACCGACGUCACCUGGCCGUGGAGAAAGCCAGACGUCGUCUUCGUGCGGCCAUCCGCAUUCAGAGAUGGUUUCGAACCAGAUUACAGCUGAGGAGGCAGAUGCGGAAAUGUCACAGCGUCGCAAACGUAAACCGCGAAGCGGAAGACCGCCAGAGGCGGCACCGGGCGGCGUCGCUGAUCCAGAGGGCCGUGCGCCGCUUCCUCCGCCGCAGAGAGCUGGAGAGGGUCAGGAACGGGGUCGUUCAGAUGCAGGCGCUGUGGAGGGGCUACUCUUGGCGGAAGAAGAACGACUGUGCCAAGAUUAGAGCCGUGCGCAGAAGCCUCCAGGCGGUGAACGCGGAGGCCCGGGAAGAGAACCGGCUGUCCCGGAGAGCCGCCCUCGCGCUCCACGGCCUGCUGACCUACAGGCACCUGUCGGCGGUCCUCGAGGCUCUGAAGCACCUGGAGGCCGUCACCAGGCUGUCCCCGCUCUGCUGCGAGAGCGUGGCCGGGAGCGGGGGCGUCGCGAAGGUGCUGGCCCUGAUCCGGAGCUGCAACCGCAGCGUCCCCUGCAUGGACGUCGUCAGCUACGCCGUGCAGGUCCUGCUCAACGUGGCCAAGUACGAGAAGACGAUGCCAGCCGUCUACAGGGCGGAGGCUUGUGUGGACACGCUGCUGGAGCUUCUGCAGGUGUACCGGGAGAAGCCUGGCGACAAGGUCGCGGACAAGAGCAGAAGCAUCUUCAGCAGAACUUGCUGUCUGUUAGUGGUCUUACUGCAGGCCACGGGCCGCGCCUCCGAUGUCUGGGACAGGCCCAGAGUUGUGGACUGUGUGCACAGCAUCUACAGACUCACGGCCCGUAAACACGGGGUGAACAGAGAAAGAACACCUUGUGGACACAAUAAGAAUGCUUCGAGAAGCACUCCCGGAGCACCUGUGAGAAGCAGGGCAGUUCCCAGGCUCCAGCCGGACUGGGUUUUGGGCCGGGACAACGGCAUGGCAGAAAUCACAGCCCCCCUGCAGGCCAUUCAGAUGGUGAUGGACACGCUGGGCGUCCCCUGCUAGCGAGGGGGCAGGCGCAGGCCUUCCCGCGCCCGGCGCAAGGACUCGUGGAGCUGGGUUCUGGAUUCGGGGUAGAACUUCUAAAAUCUGCUUUGUUUUAAAAUUAAAAAAUAAAUGUACCACAUAAA